UGAUACAAAUGUAAUCGGAAACGAAACUUGGAUUGUGUUGUUGAGAAAGAGAGAGGAGAGGCACCAGUGCUCCAUAUCAGGGAGGGACCGACUCCACCACGAAACCUCAUAGUAGGGAAUCCACACGAUGCUGCUGCUGUUCAUCAGGUUUCACUGCCUCCAUUAACAUGGAGGACAUCUGCGAUAUCAAAAUCAGCUUAAUUGACGACUCCUCAAAGCAAAGUUGGACAUUUAUCAGACUCUGGCCUUCAUUUUAGCCACAGACAAGUUGAUCCAGCUUUAUUCUGUCAGGGGUCCCUUAGUUCGCGCCUUGGUUAAUCAGACUUGUAACUAAAUCUGGGUCUAUUGUGACUCGCUGCAACCAAAAUACUACAAUCUGCAGUUUUAAAUCCAGGUGCUGUCUUCAGCACUAUGAAAGUAUCACAAUGUCAGCUAGCGAAUCCAAACUGGAUCCUCUUUUAUCGACACAUGACCUCAAACUUGCAUGCACUCAGUGCUCUGUCAAGGAGAAAGAAGUUACGUAUACCUUGAAAUCGGUCAACCACCAGUGUGCACACGAUCUCCUGCUCUGCAGAUCCAAAGGUGGCAUAAAAUGGAGACCAGUCUCCAGGCGGCCCAAGUUCCCAACUCCGAGCAAGUAUGAGAAAUGCUACUUCUUCAAGGAGGGCUUUGGAUGCUCGUUCCACAAAAACCGGUGCACCUUCGCCAGAAGUGACGAGGAAGCCGCAGUUUGGACAUUUGAAAAGCACCACGGGGUAGACCAUGUGCUCCUCUGUAAUCUCAUAGUUAAGUCUGAGAGAGGAGCUGAUCUGCCUGAUAACGUGGAACCACUGGGUGACCUCUUGCUAACUUUGGGUGUGAUGGCUGUGUGUGAUCAGUGUUCUGUGAAGGAGAAAGAAAUUACAUACACAGUUCAGUCAGUGAGUCACAAGUGCAGUAGAAAUCUGCUUUUAGCCAAAGACAGAGCCUCUGAUAAGUGGAGGCCUGUCUCUGAGCGACCCACAUUUGGACAGUUUGGCCAGAAUGUUCUCUACCAAGAGUGUCAUUUCUACGUCGAGGGCGCUGGAUGUACACAACACGGACAGGGAUGCACUUAUGCCAGGAGCUGUGAAGAGGCUGCGGUAUGGAACUAUGUUAGAGACAGACACAUCGAUCAAGAAGAGUUAAUCAGACUUAUAAUUGAGUCCGAGCUUAUUAAGAUGACACCAGAAAGUGCAGCUGAAAGCAUACGGCAGCAGUUUUCAGGCGAAUUUUUGGAGUUCUGCAAGGACUGCUUUCACGAUCGCCCACAAAAACUGACAGCCAAAAGGUGGAAUUCCACUUGCUCAGCAGAUGCAGCACACACCUGGGACCCAGUCUUAGUUCAUCACCUGUCAGAAAACAGCAGAAAGCAUGUCUACAGUCAGGUGCGCCCUCUACACCAGAACUGUCAGUUUACAUACUGCAGCCACGUCAGGCAGGGCAAGCCCUGCUGGCACGAGGCUGGACACUGCCAGUCCGCCCAGAGCGAGGUGGAGAUGGCCGUGUGGAAAGCAGAGCACAGUGGGAUCUCCGUGCGUCCUCACUUCCUCCAGAUGAGCCGGCGGGAACAGACGGAGCACAGGAAGGUCACCAUGUAUUGCAAAGUUUGCCUCCUGGUCCUUUCCUCUCCGGAGAGCUUCUACAAGCACUGCAGUUCUUUGGAGCAUGCCCAGUUACUCUCUGAGGACACCACCACCAGGUGGAGAGGACGACAGCCCCCACACAACCACCGAUCUGAGCUUUGGCUGUGUAAGAGACCACAAACGUGUGAAUAUGGCAACAAGUGCCCAAAAGCUCAUUCUGUGGAAGAGCUGCAGGAGUGGUUGAUGCGUGCUAAAGAGGAAAAGGAGAUCAGACACAACAUCGGAGUCCAGGGUCUCAUGUGCUACAAUGAAAGGCUCUUGGAGGAAUACAAAAGCAGCAGUAACGAAGUACACGUCCUUGCGGAACAAGUUGACGAUGUCAGCAUCUCUUGUGAUGACAAAUUAACUGUGGACUGUGAACAGAUCAAUGCAACACUGCAGUGGAACUUCCAAGUUGAAACAGAGAGACAACUUGUGCAUGUGGCGCUGCUGAAGCAGGAACCGGGAGCUUCAUUCACCCUUGGUGACCUCGGUUCUGUGCCCUGCAUCUACUCCUCAGGUGAACACUUUCUCAUUGAAGACAUGACCUACAACAUCACCGUGUCCUUCACAUCCAUCAACCCUGGCCUGUAUGACCAGUGGCUGGUGCUAGAUUUUGACAUGAGGCCAGUGCUGCUAAAGAAACUCAGAGUAAGAGUUGGCCAACAGUCACUGGAUGACGUUGAGCAACCAACUUCGGAUCGCAGAGCCGCCUUUCAAAGUGCCGAGCGUUGGCAUCGAGGGAACAGGGUUAUCAUCCCGUGUACGUCCAGGACAGAAGCACAGGAGGAGCUGUUAAAGGAGUACAAGCCUCCACAGAUUAACUUCCAGUAUAAAUCAUCCCACAACAGCCAAACACCUCUGAAUAGUGAGAACUACAAAGAAAGAAUGCACCACUUCCUAUACAAUGAGGAGCGGGCAGAGGACCAGAUUGUUUCAAGACUAAAUGUUUGUGGAGAAAUUACAACAAUGGACAUGCUGAACAGCCCUGGCAUGGAGAUGGCUCCUCCGGGAGAACUGUUCUGUGCCGUCUCAAUUCCUUGUAAUCUCACACCAGACACCCCUGAGGGACAGGCCCUCAAACGAAGCAUCCAGUCUUGCCUGGUAGCCCCCUUAUCUCUAAGUGGUUCAAACUCCAAGGUCUAUGAAGCCAUCAUUCUGCAAGACAAAACAAGUGAGAACAAAAUGUAUUUGCAGCUGUCUAAACAAUGUUGCUUGGAUCUCGCACUCGAAUGCAAUGAAUCGUAUCAAAUGGAGGUGCAGUUCCAGCUCAAUCGCCACAGCUUCUGCACAAUGCACAAGACCAUAGACCUGCUUCCUGAUAAAAAAAGAGUGCUACCAGACCUUCAAAACUGUGUAGUUCCUGUGAAUAACAUACACUAUGAGAAGCUGAAUGCAAAGCAGCAGUCGGCGAUUGACUUCAUCACAGGUCAUUCCAAUAGCCAACAAAUUGUAGCACCGCUCCUCAUCUAUGGACCGUUUGGAACUGGGAAAACAUUCACCCUUGCUACAGCAGCCAGAGAGCUUUGUAAGCAGCCUCACAACAAAGUGCUCAUUUGCACCCACACCAACAGUUCUGCAGAUCUGUACGUCAGAGAUCACUUACACCCAUUCAUCGACCAGAAAAAUAAUGGGAUAAGGCCAAUUCGAAUAAAAGCAAAUGGUAAAAAUGCUUUGUUUGCCACAGAUAAGAUUACUCAGAAAUACAGUUUACUUUCGAAAAAUGGACAGAUUUUUUUACCACCUACAAAAGCUGCCCUAGAUUGCUACAACAUAGUCAUAACCACCACAACAAUGGCGAGACAUUUUCAUGACCUCAAGCUCCCAGAGGGAUAUUUCACCCACAUACUAAUUGAUGAAGCCUCUCAGAUGCUGGAAUGCGAAGCCUUGAUGGCUCUUGGCCUCGCUGGGCCAAACACCAGAGUUGUUUUGGCUGGAGAUCACAUGCAAAUGGGACCCAAGCUUUUCUCAGUUGAUGAUCAUCACCGUUCAAAUCACACACUCCUCAAUCGCUUGUUCCACUACUAUCAAGGCCAAACGUGUGACGCGGCCCUGAACAGUAGAAUCAUUUUCAGUGACAACUACCGCUCAACCAAAGAAAUUGUGGAGUUUGUGUCCACCCAUUUCUAUGUUGGUAAGAAUGAUGUUAUCAAAGCCACUGGAAACGUUCCGGCUCCUGAAAUUGGCCAUGCCCUAAAGUUUCACCAUGUCCGGGGAGAGUGUGCCUUGGACACUGGGUCCAUGUCUUGGUAUAACAAAGACGAGGUUGGCAAAGUGGUUGAAGAAGUAAAGGAGAUUCUCAAAAACUGGCCAGAGACCUGGGGGAUCAAGAACCAAAGGUCAAUCUGCAUCCUAUCAGAGGGAUCUCAGGUUCGGCAAAUAAGGAAAACACUUUCAAGAAGAGGCCUUGCUGAAGUCCAUGUUGAGAAUCUUGCAAACGUGCAAGGCAAACAGUUCAGGGCAGUCAUAAUGACAGCUGUGCAAACACGCGACAGCCUAAAAACAUCUCACCUGCCUGGUCUGGAGCUGUUCAAUGAUGCCCGUGUGUUAAACACUGCAAUGACAAGGGCUCAGUCCCACGUGGUUGUGGUGGGAGAUGCUGCUGCCCUCUGUUGCUUUGGGAAAUGCUCAGGGGUCUGGAAGAGCUACGUAGACCACUGCAUCAGCAACAACAGUGUAGCACCGCAGCAUUUCACCAAAGAUUUCUUUGAAAAAGAUAUCAUGGAAACUGCAAGGUUUCAAAAGUCUGAAGAUGUGGAUGAGAGCGACACUCUCAACGAUGCAAUUCUUCAAGAGUUGAAAGAUGAGUACGAACAGCUGAAACCAAAAUGUAGUUCAGAAGACAACAGAUUGAAUUUGAAAGACUUUGACCACCACAAGUCAAGAUCAUCAUACAAUGUCAGUGAUGUCGAUAUAGACCUUUUGGAGUUGUGCAAAAAACAACCAGAGGUAUACAAGCAAGGAACGUUGAUCAGGGAGACAUCAAACAAAGGUUAUGUCGUACCAUUUCAUGACCCCAACACACGUAUCAGCAUCAAGGGGAUGGCAAACCUCGGUAAGGUCUUCAGUGGGGACGAAGUGGUCGUACAAACAACAAGAGUGGUCAGCAUCACCAAGGAAGCUGAAUCGGCUCGUGUGCUUGUGUGCCUGCUUGAAGAUGAGGAUCACAGCAAAUCAAACCAAAAUUCAGAUGACAGACAUGUCAAAAGGACAAUGAUGCCCAUUACAAAAUCUGCACCCAAAAUACGCAUACUGAUCAGCAGGAAAAAACGUAACUUCCUUCCAAUAUGGGAGCAGAUAAAUGGAUAUUGGACAACUGUAUCAUAUGAACGUAUCAACGAAAAGUUAAUACAGAACAAUGUAUUUGUGGUGCAAGUGAUUGGCUGGAAAGAACAUUGCCAUCUUCCAUUGGGGUUUGUCAUAGAUAUUCUUCCAAUCGGAAGUUCUUUUUCUGCUGGACUACAGAUCCUGAAUGAAGAAUUCAAAGUUGCACCCAAUACAUGUAAAUCAGAUGAGGUACUCUCCUCUGAAGAUGAAGACAGGACACACAGACAGGACAUCAUUGAAGUGUUUACUUUCACUGUUGAUCCAAAAGUUGCAAAAGACUUGGAUGAUGCCAUCAGUGUCAGGGAAGCUGGAGACCAUGAAUAUGAAUUGGGAGUCCAUAUUGCAGAUGUGGCAAGCUUUGUGAGUCCAACUGGUGAAUUGGAUGAGGAUGCAAAACAACGUGGAGCUACGUAUUACGGCAGUAGCAAAGAUCCUAUCGCUAUGUUCCCCAAGGCUUGUAAUGAACGCUUCAGUCUCCUGCCAAAUAAAGUUCGCAGGGUGGUUUCAUUAAUGUUCAAAGUAAAAAAGACAACACAUGAGAUCAUUGGAAAGCCCGAAUUCCAGCUGUCAUUGAUCAAUUCUAAUCGAAAGUUGUCUUAUGAAGAGGCAGGGGACAUAAUCACCGAAAGAUAUAGAGACGGACCAAGAUUUGUCUCUGAAGAAGACUGUGUGACAGCGGCUUAUUGUUUUGCAAAAGCCCAAAGGAAGUUGAGGCUUGUGGAUUGGGCUUACUCUCAACCUGAUGAUGAUAGAUUGCCCGGAAAGCGCAAAGCAAAUCUGAUGAUUGAAGAGAUGAAUGUGUUAUUCAAUGCACUUGCAGCUACGGAAUUGAUUGGUUUUGAGAAAACCAUGAAUUGCACACCCAUUCGCUGUCAAGGACAACCAGAUCCUGAAAGGAUCAAAGAAUUCAAGAAGAAAUGCAAAGGAUUAAUAUCACUGUCUUUUCAUUUGCGGCAUAAAGUUGACAACGACGAACAAGCCCCAAGCUGUGAAAACUUCCGCAUACUCACAGAAGUGUGGGAAGAUAUCCAGGCAGCUGCCAGAUCAGAUGAUAUAGACAGUAUGGUGGACCUGAUUGCUGCAGAUGACAUCCACCCUCUGCUCCAGCCAGUCCUUGAUCAGUUCAGGAGGUGCCUUAGUAAAACUGAAGUCCUCUGUUCCAACUCCUCUAGCGAAGCACAGGUCGGGCAUUAUUCUCUGAGCUUAAUGUCCUACACCCAAGCAUCCUCACCAAUACGGCGGUACAUGGACAUCAUCUUGCAGAGACUUUUGCACUCCUUCAUAUGCAAGAGGGAUGCCCAAUACACUACCUCCGAGAUUAUGACUUUGUGCAGUCAAUUUGAGAAAAAACUCAAGCGCAUCAAGGAGUAUGAACAAAAGGCUGAGCAGAUCUGCUAUGCAGUGAGCAUGAAAAAACAAAGUGCUUCAAAGUUAGCCUUUGUUGUUAGUCCCAACAGAGACUGUUUAGCAGUGGCAUUUCCAUUUAACAAGAAUGCAUUUGCAGAGAGUGUAUCAAUUAUGUACAAAGAUUUACAAUUGUGUGACCAACCAGAUUUUGAUGAAGCAAACGACUGCGUCACUCUCAAAUGGAAAAGACGAAUCUAUGCAGCUGACAACAUGCAAAUACACCAAGAGCUGAAAAUGCCAGGCUGUGAUUCCUGCGUUGAGCUUCCACUGGCAGUAUGGAAGGCCACUGUUGAAGCAGUUCACACAAAAAAGUGGGAUCAUGCAAAGUCUCUCACAAUGGAGGCUAAUACAAAGCGACUGGAAAAACGAAAUAUCCUGCCUAAAUCAGCUGUUGGGCCUCAUUCCAAGACUAACUCAAGCACCAUCGAGAAGCAAGAUGAAAAGAAGGAGCAUGAGGUUGACAUCACGCUCCAGUUGCAGAGAGGUGACACCCUUCAGAUCCAAAUGGCAACAGAGAUAAAAAGAGGUUAUCAAAUACCUGCUGUUCAGUUGGUGUGCAUUAAACCAAAGUUUGAGAUUUGUGUGCACCAUGUCCACAGCCCUAUCACAUGCUUCUCCAGAUCUGCAGACCAUCCGUCAAGGACUUUUUAUAGCGACUUCAGUGAGUACGUACGGAUAUGGAAACCAAUGUGUGAGAUGGAAUCUGCUUCCACUGCAGUGGAUGAAAGUGACAGCAUAGUCAUCGAGAACCUGGUGGUAAACUUCAUUCAAGAGCAGGAAGGCACACUAAAAGGAAGCUUCUUCUUACCGGUGGCAUGGAUCAAUGAAUGGGCCAUUGAAUGUAACCUGUCAAAGUGCUUACUGUGCAUACGGAAAAGAGGUUUGAAGUUUCCUUCAACCCUGGAGCAUUCUGUACUGGUGGACCCCAGAGAGUUUACAUGGGUGGCCCACGGCGUCACAACACAUGUAGAACCGAAGGACCCUCCAAAUGAAGGAAAUACAGUGCAGUUCUAUAUCAAUCACCUGCCGAUGGAGAACCUUCCUAAUUGUGUCUUUCAGAGAAACACUUGUUUCACAGUGGAAAUAAUCCCAAAGCUCGUCCCUGAUAUCCGGAAAGAAGUUGCUGUGACGAAAAUACCAUCUGCAUGUGAACUUGUCAUGCAUAUAGCACUUGGAAAACAUGUUCCGAGAGAGGUAAAACCAAGGUGGUACAGCUCGAGGAGAGCGUUACCAGAGGGACUACCAGAGUUUAACAGCAGUCAGUGUCUUGCUGUGGAGAAAGCUCUCAAUCAUACCUUCACAAUCAUUCAGGGACCACCUGGAACUGGAAAGACAGUGGUAGGUGUUUUCAUAGUCUCCUGUUUCUUCGAGAUGAACUUUACAAACCCAAGGAAAUUGGAUGACCCAGUGGAUGAGAACAAGAAGCAAGUCAUUCUGUACUGCGGCCCAUCCAACAAGUCUGUUGAUGUUGUUGCAGAGUACUUGUUGAAGUAUGGGCACAGACUACGGCCCCUCAGGGUGUACGGCCAACAAGUGGAGAUGCUUGAUUACCCUUUUCCCGCUCUUCAGUUUUCCCAGAGGUCACGUCGCCAAGAACGCGGCAAAGAGGAGCUCAAGAGCAUCACCCUGCAUCACCGCAUGCGACAGGACCAAAACAUUUUCUCGGAGAAAAUAAAAGAUUUUGAUCAACGCAUUAAACUUGCCCUUGAGGGAAAAGGAAAAGAGCUGACUGCUCAAGAAGUGAAAGAAUACAAAACUCUUCUUAGCGAUGCUCGGAAGUAUGAGCUUGAACGGCAUGACAUCAUACUGUGCACAUGUACACAGUCUUCCACUCCGAUAUUAACUAACACAGUCAGUGCACGCCAGAUCGUCAUUGAUGAAUGUGCAAUGGCCACCGAACCCCAGGCUCUGAUCCCAUUAGUCUGGAACAAACCAGAAAAGAUUGUUUUGAUCGGUGACCACAAACAGUUACGACCCAUUGUGAAGCAUGAGCGUGUGAGGAAGCUAGGGAUGGCCAAGUCUCUGUUUGAACGCUACUAUACAAUGCACCAGAAAAGGGCAGUGAUGCUGGACACCCAGUACAGAAUGCAUGAGAGUAUAUGCAAGUUCCCAUCACAAGAAUAUUAUGAGGGAAAACUGAAAACUGGGGUGGAGCAGCCAAGCAGCGUCCUGCGUGUUGAAAACAAGACAAUGCCAAUUGUUUUUGGGCACAUCGUUGGAGAGACCGUCAGUCUGGUCGUCAACACAGCCAAGGGCAACGAGAACUCUAAAGCAAACAAGGAAGAGAGCAUCAAAGUGGUUGACAUUGCUGAAAAGCUUGUGAAGGACGCCAAAAUUAUACAGCAAAGCAUUGUGAUUCUGACACCCUAUAAUGCCCAAGUGUCAGAAAUCAAAAACCAGCUGAGGAAGAAGAAAAUGGAUCAGAUCACUGUCACCACAAUCACUAAAAGCCAAGGGAGCGAAUGGCGUUACGUCAUCUAUUCCACAGUGUGCUCUCUGCCAAGUGAAGAGAUUGAGAAAGAACCAGACAACGCUUGGCUGUCCAAACAUCUGGGCUUUGUGGGCGAUCCCAACCAGAUCAACGUGGGCAUCACCAGGGCCAAGGAGGGACUGUGCAUCAUCGGGAACCAAGAGUUGCUGAGCUGCAGUAGAGGUUGGAAGAAUCUCCUGGCUAACUACAGGCGUCACAAUGCAGUGACAGCUGCACACAAUAUUUCUGUGUAUGGUGGCACAUAGCUGAACUAAUCCUUCCUUUAUAAGGGACUGGAUUUCUGUAAGUAGCAGAAGAACAGAGCAGCACGACUCCAUUUAAACAUGUUCAUAUUUUAGGUUAAGUCUAUAUUGUUAUAACUUUUGAUCUACUCUUUUUACAGUUUUACAGUAUAUUUGAGGUUUUUUAUAUUGUAUUUGAUGUGCUCGGAUUUUCCUUACUAUUGAUUAUAAAUAGGAAAUCCUACGACUUCUCGUUCAACUGUAUCUAGAAUGAUAUUCUUAGAUUCUUUGUGUUUAAGAAAAGUUAAUUAAAGAAACGUUUGCCCGACUGCGUUUUGAUACCUUAAGAUCUUGUAUGUUCAGGGAUUAGCUUCGGCUACAGAAAUCUUAAUAAAACAUUGUCAUUGAAUAUACCAUG